AUGCCAGAGAUGACAGAAAACCAGACUCCUGGCCAUAAACCACGGUAAGGACAAAUCACUGAUUCAUCUGACCAUUGUUAUGUCUAUGGGAAGGAUCCCUUGGAGUACGUACUGUCAGCGCUUUACCACAGAAACGCAUGUAUUCUUCUGCAUUGAUAUGGAUAUAGUUUUCAGACACACAACAUUGACUAACCUCUUUAUCAAUUUUCUCUUGUAGGAAGAAGAAAAACAAGGAAUCUCACAAUGCAGGUGAGAUGUUUUAGUGUUUUUCUGUAAUUUCGCAGCAUUUCGUGGGAGUGACUCGCUAAGGUUUUGUUUUCGUCCUUUAGUUGAGAGACAGCGAAAAGAGAAGAUCAACGCUGGAAUUAACCGUAUUGGGGAUCUUCUACCCUGUUCCCAGGCACUGAAGCAGGUAGGCCUAAUCCAUAAACACACACAGUCACACACACACACAUACCUUAGUGUGUUUUUGGAUCGAACCAUAGAACUUACAGGCUUGGUUUGUUUUUGAAGGUGUGGUAUUUAUCCUUUGGUCUGAGGCUAUUAGUUGGUCUUGUCUUUGAUGCUCCUGUCGAUAUCCUGCUGUCUGUUUUGACUUGUUUGUCUACAUUCUGAAAUCCUCACUGUCUGUCUUUAGAGUAAGAACAUGAUCCUGGACCAGGCCUACCGUUACAUAACUGAGCUGCAGAAACAAAAUGACGCCAUGCUUCUCGAGGGAGGAGACCUAAUACAAGGUGAGAUUGUGUUUUUGUGACAUUUACAAGUAUGUUUUGACAGUGCAGAAGUAUUUAAUUCCUUUGAGUGUGUUUUCCUAUUUGUUUGCUUGCAUUUUACAGUGUUUGUGUGUACGUGUCUGUCAGUCUUGUCUGUCUGUGUUUAUGUUUGAGAGUCCUGUGUUGAUAACCACUAAUCCUUGUUGUCUCCUAUCCCUGCAGCUGAGGAGAUCCGGCGGCUGCGGCAUCAGAUGGACGAGCUGCGGAAGGAGAGCGGCCAUUACAUCGAGCUGCUAAAAGCCCACGACAUCAACUUCCUGGACGACCCCACCGUCCACUGGAAGGGCAAGUUGCGCUGUGCAAAGGUUGCCAAAGUAACGCCCACUCACCAGCUCCCCAAAAGAAUUAUUGUCUACUCCAGUGGGAACGUGAUACGCCCAGCAGGAAAGGAACCUAGUCCAGUCUCCGAUCUGGGGAAGCAACAUGCUGAGGCUGUGAUUGUUCAGUCAUCUUGUGACAUCACAGCAGGGGUAAGGGUGAACGGAGUUCUUCAGCACGUCAGCGUCCCUUCCUCUGCCCCUCCGCUCCUCCCUGGGGCAAGCCUUACCCCUACAGUGGCUACACCUGGCAUCAGGCUGGUGGAACAGUGUGUAGCAGAGGUACCGUCAGCUCCCAAACUACCCCCCUCUGUGUCCUACUUCACCCUCCAGGGUCUCUGCCCUCUCCCGACGGUCACCACCGCCUUGCCCCAGCCUGCCACCCCAGCCCCUAGUCUCACCGUUGCAGCCAGUCUGGCCACCCAACUCCCUAUCCAGCCUGUCCCCGGCCUUACAGCCCUUCCCCAGGUUAUAACCACACAGAACACUGCCAGCAGGACUCUGAGCUAUACGACUAUCCCCAGCAGCUCAACCCUCCUCAGGGCCAGUGCAGCAGGGAGCACACAGACCACCUGGACUACCCUACAGCUGACUGGGAACACAGUGCAACCUGUCUGCCAGUCUCUCUCCACCCAGGAGACUAGCGCCACUGGGCAGCAGAGUGUCCAACAAGUGUCUGUAUGCCCCAUGGGCACUAAACCAUCAGUUCAACCCAUUCGUAUUCAAAUGAGGACACAGGUACCCAUACAGCCCCAGGCACCCAUCACUGCACAUAUCCAAGCCCAGCCCUCCAUCCAGAGGACACCCCAGCCACAGCCAGCUAUCCUGGCCCAGCACCAGCCCCAGGCAGUCAUGGCCCUCAAGCCCCAAGGUGCCAUCCUCCCUCAGUCAGCCAUAAUGCCCCAGCCUGCUGUGGUAGCCCACUCAGCUAUGAUGUCACAACCUCAACCUGCUGUACUACAACAGGCAACAGUCCUCCCCCAUCCACAGACUGCCCUCAUGAAUCAACCCCAGCCCCACCCCCAGACAGCUGUGAUGCCCCUCCUCCAGACCAUGCAGGUAUUGCAAGUAAACCCUGCAGGGACAACGGUUUCUGGGGUAACGGCUCCUCAGAACACUAACAACCCGAAUGUUGUCAUCCUACAGCAGACCAAUCCCUGCUCAGCCCAGUCGGUUGUCAGGGAGGACUUAACCAAUCAGACGCCUUGCCAGCACAUCGUCAUCAUCCAGGCCUCCAAUCAGCCUCCACCUGCGCCUCCUCAGAACCCUCAGGUUGGCAUGGUGCCCACUACAGCACCUGUUGUGCCCAAUCAGAUUGUCGCAACCAGCUGCACAACUUCCACCACUGGGCAACAGAUAUUCGGGGGUAAACAGUUGGUCCACAUUCUACCCCGUCCAGUCCCUCAAACCCAGGCCCCCCCGGUUCCCCCGACCCCUCAGACCAUCACUGUGAAUGGUCAGGUGUUUUCCCUGCAGCCCAUGAAGACCUCGGACAAGUAUGGCUCUCAAGGUGGCCAGAGCAGUCUCCAGCUGAUCCAGCCCACCACCGUUGAGGAGCCCACCACCAACGUGGCUCUGCACACCCUGGGAGCCCUCAGCAGUCUCAACAAGAGCAUCUCACAAGGCAUGCCGCCGUGCAUCUCCACCCAGAGUAACGUCCAGCUGACCCUUCCAUCCAACUCUAUAGUGCCACAACAGCCAUCUCCUGUCACGGUUUCAGCAGCUCCACACAGUUCCCCUGUCAGGCAGAUCCAGAUCCCCAGUGUGUCUCCACCCAGACUAGGUCUGGCGGUGGGUACAGGGAAGGCCUUGCGGAGACAGCCUGGCACAGCCUCAAUGCCCAGAGCUAAGAGGGCCACCACCAAGAGGACUAAGUUGGUUAGGAAGAAGGAGCCUAAACAGGGACGGCCUAGUCGUACUGUCACCAUCGCAGCCAAGCCAGUGGCUGUAACAGGGGACAGUCAGGAACAAGAGGCCACUGUGGCUCAGGGAAUCCCAUCCUCUGCUGCUGGGACAAUACAGCCAAAGCCUGGCCCUGUCAGCAUCACAGCUAACACACCAACGGUUACUAGUAGUGAGGCUUCCACACAGAGCAGACCUGUGAGUAGUGUCGGCUCUCCACAGUCCACACCUAAAGAUGGUAGUGUCAAUGCUGCUACACAGAGUGGGCCAACUGUCUCCAGUGCAUGCACCACACAGAGUAGAACCUCUGUGGCAAAUGCCACUAGUGUCACUCCGUGUACAUCAACAGUCGGUAUCAGCUCCACACAGAGUCAACUCAUUAUCACUAGUGUUGUGAGUCUAUCUACAGUCACCAAUGUCACAUGUGCAGCAGAUAAGCCUACAGUCAGUGCUAUUGUUUCUUCUCAGUGUAAACAACCUGCUGUCGCCCCUAGUGACAGCUCCACUCACCUUAGACCUACAGUCACACAGAACAGACAGGCUGUCACUACUACUGUCAACACUGUGCAAACUAGAUCAGCUGCCAUCAAUGGCAGUUCUAGACAGAGCAGAUCUACGGUGACCAGUGCUUGUUCCACAGAGACUAGAUCUCCAUCUACGGGUGUGACGUCUUCAGCAGCAUGUCGACCCUCAGUCAGCACUGUAAGCUCAAUAGAAAGUAGACCAGUGGUUUCUCUCCAGUCUGCUCAGCUCACUUCAUCAUCACCGGGUCAGACCAAGCCAGCCAACAGCCAGGAGUCUCAGCCUACAACCCAGCCCCAGUCCCAGCCCGUGGCUUUUCCCUCGGUCCCCUCCACUCCAACCCCCUGCUCCGGUGCCCUUUCUUUCUCCUCACCCUCUGUAACAGUCCCCAUGACCAUGCCAUCAGAAUACAGGAAGCGGGUCACCUGUAACAGACCAUCGACCCAGCAAAUGAUCAUGCCCACUUCCACCCCCAAACCAUCCCAUCCUGCUGAGCUGAGGGUGACAGCGGUGUCAGGCAGGGAGAAGGAGCCUCAGGGAGAGGCCCACCCCAGCGCAGCGAUAGGGAGCGUGACGAGUGAUGCUGCUCCCUCUAGAAAGGACUCCACUCUCCCACAGCAGGUCUACACACUAGACCACGAGGCCCUGGAUCAGUCUCAGGCUCCCAACAGACAGACUGACUCGCCCAUUUCUGGUGGCGGAAGGGGCUUCUCUGUGGCGUCCAUGCUUCCCACUGGCCACAGUGUCAGUUCCUCGCAGAGUCAUUUUGGACCGUUUACUUUUACCACAGAGCAGGCUGAUAUCCUGGCUAUGUUGGAGCAGGACAGUCCUGGGAGGAGGGUGGGGGGCUGCACCGUGGAAAACCCCACCGGCUCCACAAACACCCCAACGCCUGCAUGGGAACCCAACCCCAAGUCCCAUCAAGCCUCCAACAGCAAAGAGAGGGGUGCUGGACAACAGACGAAGCUCACCAAGCAGAUUGAGACACCAGUGGCUAAACCCCCGUCACAGGUGUCUGUUAGGGGCCAGGCUGGAGAGGUAGCAGGCAGUGGACCCAGCGGAGCCAGACAUCCACAGAACAUUUCCUACUCCCAGUCCCACUCUCAACCCCAGUCCCAGUCCCAAACCCAGAACCAGGCCCAGUCUGGUACUGCUGGAACCCUUAGUGUCAACAACCUGAUCCGGCCCAGCUCCCGUCAGCAGCAGGCCUACCCAGGCUCCCCCAAUCUGGCUGGGCAGCAGGGCUCAGUCCCAUCCCCUGCGGGGAACUCAGCCCAUGUCUCCCAGCCCUCCACCCCCGGCCUUCCACCCUGCUCGGGCUCAGUCCAGCUGAAUGAAUACACCCCCCUGAAGAGUGCCCUGAUGAGGCCCCAGGUGGGGGUGGGUGAGCCACGACACAUCAAGGACGUGUCUAAGCGGCCAGCCCAGGACGAUGUGAUGCUGUCCAGCAGUAACAAGCGACACAAGGCCUGCCCAUCGGCCUCCAACGUGGGCUGCAUGGAGGUCAAACCCCUGGACCACAGCCAGAUGAUGGUACCCCAGCUUCCCCCUACCGCCUCAUCCAUCAUGACCAGGAUCAACCCUGAAGGAGUUGGCACCCUGUUCUCAGGCAAUACCUUCAUGAGUACGGUGCUCAGACCCACCGAGAGCCACUGUACCCCCCAGAUGCCCGCACAGGAACACAACCAACCAGGUGUGCUCCACCUGCCACAGGGCCACCCCCAGCAUGGUGCACCCCAGCUGGGCCAACACCUAGGGGGGAACCCCUACCUGAAGCAGCAGCAGCAGCAACAACAGGAGCACCAGAGGCACCACCUGUACCAGCUCCAGCACCACCUGACCCAGCCUGACCCUGCACAGCUCCACAGCCUCCACCAGAGGUCGCUGCAGCAGGAGCAGCACGUCCAGAAGAAGCGGGGGCUGGUUGGAGGGGGUCAUGGCGGCCCUCCUGUGGGCCUGCAACAGAAACACCACCUGGAGAAGACUGGCGUUCAGCAGCAGCAGCAGCAUCAUCAACAGUCACAACAAUCACACCAACAACAACACCAACAACAGUCUCAACAACAGCACCAACAGCAAACACACCAACAGCAGCAGCACCAACAACAGUCACAACAUCAACAGUCUCAUCAACAACAGCACCAACAGCAAACACAACAGCAACACCAACAAGCCCAGUCACAGCAACAUCAUCAACAACAACACCCUCAACAGCAGAGUUCCCACUCCAGACACCAGCACCUCCAGCAGCAACAGAUCCAGCAGCAGCAACAACAGCAACAGCACUUUGGGUCGCGGCACCAGGAGAAGAGCUGUGAGGCCCAGCCAGGACCAGCAGGACCCAGAGCUCACCACAGCAGCCACCUGGCCCAGCAGGAGCACCUCAAGGUACAGGAACUACUGAGUCUGUCUUGAAUGAUAAGGCCAGAGGGGUUGUGGUAUAUUUAAGCAAUAAAGCCUGAGGAGGUGUGGUAUAUGGCCAAUAUACCACGGCUAAGGGCUGUAUCCAGGCACUCUGCGUUGUGUCGUGCUUAAGAACAGCCCUUAGGCAUGAUAUAUUGGCCAUAUACCACAAACCCCUGAGGUGCCUUAUUGCUAUUAUAAACUGGUUACAAACAUUUAAAAAACGGAAAACAAGUAUUUUUGCGUCAUACCCGUGGUAUAUUUAAGCAAUAAGGCCCGGGGGUGUGGUAUAUGGCCAGUUGCGUUGUUCCUAAGAACAGCCCUUAGCCGUGGUAUAUUGGCAAUUUUACCACACAUCCCGAAGUGCCUUAUUGCUAUUAUAGACUGGUUACCAACGUAAUUAGAGCAGUAAAAAUAAAUAUCCGUCAUACCCAUGGUAUACGAUCUGAUAUACCACGGCUUUCAGCCAAUCAGCAUCCAGGACCCAAACUAGCCUGUUUAUAAUGUCUGAGAUGCCACGACUUUCAGCCAAUCAGCAUUCAGGGCUCGAACCACCUAGUUUAUAAUGAAGCAAUAAGGCACCAGGAGGUGUGGUAUAUGGCCAAUAUACCACGGCUAAGGGCUGUGUCGCACGACGCAACGCGGAGGUGCCUUAUUGCUAUUAUAAACUGGUUACCAACGUAAUUAGAGCUGGGUUGUAGGCUGAGACUCCUGGCUGUUGGCUGGCUUGGGCCUCUGAUGUACCACGGCUGUCAGCCAAUUAGCAUUCAGGGCUCCAAUCACCCAGUUUAUAAUAUCAAAUAAUUUAUUAUCUCCUAUCCCCUCCCUUCAGUCUGGUCAGGACCACAGUACCAUGCAGAGGCUGAUGAGCUCUAGGAACCUGGAGCAGCAGCUGACCUCCCAGCCCAGCAACCCUGCCUCCCGGCCCUCUGACCUGGGCUGUGCCCCCUCGCGCCAGGAACGCCACCGAGUCUCCAGCUACUCAGCAGAGGCCCUCAUUGGGAAGAGCUCCUCCAGUGGUGAGCAGCAGCAACAGCAGCGCAUGGGGCUCCAUCUCCAGGCCACCCGCGGUACUACACAGGAGCAACCAGGCCAACGGGGCUACCUGGACACAUCCAGAGUGAAGGGCAACAUCGCACAUAACCCUCAGAGCAGGCUGCCCCCAGACCACCCUGGUUCUGCAGACAUCCAGAGGGUCUCUGAGUGUCCUCCGUUUAAAACGCUGAGCGGUGCUGGAGGGGGGCAUCAACUGGGGGGCUUCGAGGUCCAGGUGUCCCGUGGCGGGGACAUGACACCUAAAUCAGGUCUCUCCUCUCAGAGAGGCCCUCAGGGGGGUUUCCGGAUGGGACCGGGGCCUCCAGGGGAUGGGCGACCCCGUGGAGGGUACAGUGGACUCCAUUCUGGGUCACAGGGGGUGCAGAUUGGUGCUCCAGGGCUUCCCCGGGACCAGGAGGGGUGUCAACAGAGCUUCAUGCAGAGUCUCCUGGAGCAGACCAACCACCAGAGGGCAGUCCAGUGCUGUCCUCCGGUCAGUAUGGAGUACGGCUGUGUGCCUGGCAGCUCUGCAGGGGACAUGCAGGCUAAAGCAUCCAGCCCCAGUGUUCCUCCCACACAGAAGGCCCCAGCUAUGAGGCUUGGGGAGGGCAACAAGGGCCACAUCCCUCAGGGUAGUGGGAACAUGGGUGCCCACCCAGGGGUACGGGCAGGCCUCCCCCACCCUCCUACCCCCCACAGCAGCUCAGAGCCAGGCCGCACCUCUGCCCCCUCCAGACCCCUCACCGCAGUCAGCCAGCGCUCCCGCCACAUCACCCAGGAGGCCCAGAGCGGGAAGCUGAGGCCUGGGGAGCGACCACGGUCAGGCAGCCUAAGACCUGGGAACCCGUUUGAGCCUGACAUCCACCUGCUGGGUCGACCACAGUCAGGGGGUGAGGCGCGGCGCAGCAGUAUUGUCCGCUUUAUGGCAGACAGUGCCCAGGUCGCCGGGGACAACAACCUUGUGCCUGACCAACACCUGGCCCAGAACUUUGGCUUCCCCUUCAUCCCGGAGGGAGGAAUGAACCCCCCUCCUAUCAACGCCAACUCUACCUUCAUCCCUCCUGUCAGCCAGCCCAACUCCUCCCGCCCCUCGGCCCUGCUACCUGUAGAGCCCCAGAACACCUUACCCUCCUUCUACCCCUCCUACCCCCCCGCCGCCCACCCCAGUGACAUACCCCUCCAGUACUUCUCCAACCAGAUGUUCACCAGCCCCGGCACCGACAAGAGCAGCUCUGCCCCACUCAACAACCGCUUCGGGUCCAUCCUGUCCCCCCCGCGCCCUGUAGGGUUCGCCCAGGCCAGCUUCCCCCUACUCUCAGACAUGCCCCCUAUGCCCAUCAGCAACUCCUCUGGCAUCACCCCACACCUGUCCAACUUCAGCCUCACCUCGCUGUUCCCGGAGAUCGCCACAGCGAUGCAGCCUGAUGGUUCUGCCAUGCCUAUGUCCCCCCUGCUGUCCCUCUCCAACACUUCCUCUGCAGACUCGGGCAAACAGCCCAACCGCCCCGCCCACAACAUCAGCCAUAUCCUGGGGCAUGAUGGGAGCUCUGCCGUGUAG